UCGUGUAGUCAGUACCGGUCCUGCGACCGAUUUGGAGUGUUCUUUUGACCGUUCCAGAAAACGGCUGGAGAAAGGACCGAAUCGCGCGGCGCCGAUCAUCGAGGAAGGAAAGAACUCCUCCGAACAGUGGAUUCGCUCCAGAUAUCAAAAUGCGGAGAAAAAUACACUUCCUGUUGGUCGCGUUCCUCUUGAUUGGUCUCGCGGUGGACGCGUCGGGUCAGCGGCGGAGGAAAAUUCGACGUCGCACGACGACGACAACGGAAACCAGCGUUCCAGAUGAGGUCAUGAACAUGCUCGAGGCUGACGAAAUAGCCGAGAAGGCAGCGGAGGACGCUGAGGUCACCGUCGAAGAUGGUGGAAACGAGGUUGGAUCGAAGCGUCAGAGCUUGCUCCGUAUGGACCCGUGCAUGGAUAAACACUGUGGCGCAGGACGAGUCUGCAAGACGAUCGACGAAGAGACGGCCGAGUGUGUCUGCAUCGAAAUUUGCGACGAGGAAGCCGAUCCGAGGCGAAAGGUUUGCACGCAGUACAACGAAACGUUCGGCAGCGACUGCGAAGUGUACCAAGCGCGUUGUUUCUGCGACACAAACGACGCCAGGUGCAGGGGACCUGACUAUCAACACGUCCACAUCGAGUACUAUGGUGAAUGCCGACAGAUGCCUAUGUGCAAAGAAGAAGACAUGGCUGACUUCCCGAGGCGCAUGCGUGACUGGCUUUUCAACAUCAUGAGAGACUUAGCCGACCGUCAAGAGCUGCCGUCCCAUUACUUGAAAAUGCAGCGCGAAGCUGAAUCGAAUCACACGUUGCGUUGGACCAACGCCGCUGUUUGGAAAUGGUGCGAUUUGGACGGCCAUCCCCAUGACAGAGCUGUCUCCAGGCACGAGCUCUUUCCUAUUCGGGCACCGUUAAUGGCUCUGGAGCACUGUAUCGCGCCGUUCCUCGAUUCCUGUGACAUUAAUGACGACCAUAAAAUUACCCUUAUCGAAUGGGGUAAAUGCUUAGAGCUCGAAGAGGCCGAUCUAGAAGACAAAUGCGAGGAAUUAGUGGAGGCAACCAACGGCGAGCAAUAAUUACGAUCGAAUAUAAAUUUGGAGGAGCGGAAAGUGGUAACCGUACAGCAGAGACAUUGACGACGGAAGCAACGGGGAAAAUGGCGGGAAAAGUUGCAUGUAAACCAUUGGAAGCUACGCGCAUGUCCUAGCAAACAAGCUCGUCGAUAUUGCAAGCUAUCAUCGUGCCAACUGUAGUUUUAGACCGGGCACUCUAAUAAUAUAAAGAUGUAUAACGUUAGGGAUUCGUAACAAUUUCGUAAUAACAUUUUAAUAUCAAGCAAAACCUAUUCUUCCUCGUUCCCUAUCGCAUAAUCUUGAUAUUAUUCUCGUAACAACCCGUACGCAUUUUCUAUACAUAUACAUAUCUAUAUAUACAUAUAUAUAUACACACGUUUUGUAAAAAUUUAUUCUACGACUGCCAUUUUGUCAAUAAAGUUCGAUAAGUUACCUUUCCGAAGCGAAAUUACAAUAAACACAUGAUUAC